GUUCGCUGGAGAAUGGGUAAGAUCUCGCUAUACGGCCUGGACGCCAGUCCGCCCACCCGGGCAUGUCUGCUCACCCUGAAGGCGCUGGAUCUGCCCUUCGAGUUUGUGUUCGUCAAUCUGUUCGAGAAGGAGAACUUUAGCGAAGACUUCUCGAAGAAGAAUCCGCAGCACACGGUGCCGCUGAUGCAGGACGAUGAUGCCUGCAUCUGGGACUCGCAUGCCAUCAUGGCUUAUCUGGUGGAAAAGUACGCGGCCAGCGAUGAGCUCUAUCCCAAGGAUCUGCUGCAGCGCGCCAAAGUGGACCAAUUGAUGCACUUCGAGUCGGGUGUCAUUUUCGAGUCGGCCCUAAGGAGACUCACCCGUCCGGUGCUCUUCUACGGCGAGCCCACCUUGCCCCGCAAUCAGGUGGAUCACAUCCUGCAGGUCUACGAUUUCGUAGAGACCUUUCUCGAUGAUCACGACUACAUGGCUGGUGAUCAGCUGACCAUAGCCGAUUUUAGCAUUGUAUCGACCAUCACCUCGAUUGGUGUUUUCCUGGAGCUGGAUCAGGUCAAGUACCCUAAGAUUGCCGCCUGGCUGGAGAGGCUCAAGGAGCUGCCCUACUACGAGGAGGCCAAUGGCAAAGGAGCUGCCCAGUUCGUGGAGCUCUUGAGGUCCAAAAACUUCACCGUAGUUUCGUAAAUGGCUUAACACUUUAAUU